AUGGUCUGUCGCUGUGGAGGUGCAAUUCUACACAAUUUUUCCUCUGCUAUUUUUGGUUCAGAAAUCAUUUGGGCGGACGAAGAUCUCACCUUUAAUGAUUAUUGGUUCAAUCUCAUUUUAUUACUACUUAACGACAUCUCCAACAAAAGCAUUCAAUCUUGUACAAUACAGGAUUUGGCAAUUUGUGCUCGGUAUGUUCAUUCAACAGCAACAAGCAUCGAACAAAGAGUGUACGUAUGCCUCACUUCUUCAAAACGCAAGCGUUGA